CUUGAGCUGCUCCCCCUGUCUCCGGCCCCCUCUCUGCCCUGUGUCAUCCGGCUCAGAAUGCCACCCCACAGAGAUGGAAACGUCUCAGCGGUGCCUUUGCAGGAGUUUGUGCUGGAGGGGUUUGAGGGUGGCCUGGGGACCCAGGCCCUGCUCUUUGCUGUGUUCCUGGCCCUGUACCUGGGGACCGUCCUGGGGAACCUCACCAUGAUCGUGGUCAUCACCCUGGAUGCGCGUCUGCACUCCCCAAUGUACUUCUUCCUCAAGAACCUCUCCUUCCUGGACCUGUGCUACUCAUCGGUCAUCGCCCCUAACGCCCUGGCCAACUUCUUCUCCUCGUCCAAGGUCAUCACCUUUCAGGGCUGUGCCACCCAGUUCUUCUUCUUCUCCCUGCUGGGAACCACCGAGGGCUUCCUCCUGACUGUGAUGGCCUAUGACCGCUUCAUGGCCAUCUGCAGCCCCCUGCGCUACCCCAUCACCAUGUGCCCCUCGGCUUGCACCCGCCUGGUGCUGGGCACGUACUGUGCAGGCUGCCUCAACUCCAUCGUGCAGACCGGCUUCACCUUCAGCCUCCCGUUCUGCAGCUCCAACCACAUCGACCACUUCUUCUGCGACAUGCUCCCUCUGCUCCGGCUGGCCUGCACCAACACAGCCCUCAAUAAGCUGGUCAUGUUUGGCAUCUGUGGGCUCAUCGUCGUGGGCACCACACUCAUGGUUCUUGUCUCCUACGGCUACAUCACAGUGACCAUCCUGAGGAUGCAAUCAGGAGCUGGGAGACACAAGGUCUUCUCCACCUGUGGCUCCCACAUGAUGGCUGUGUCCCUCUUUUAUGGAACCCUUUUUGUCACAUAUGCCCAGCCGGGAGCUGUUGAGUCCAUGGAGCAGGGCAAGGUGGUCUCUGUCUUCUACACCCUGGUCAUCCCGAUGCUCAACCCCCUCAUCUACAGUCUGCAAAACAAGGACGUGAAGGAGGCCCUGGGGAGGCUGAGGCAGAAACACACAGCCAUGUGA